GUGCGCGCGUCGUCUCACAUGGCGUUCUGACGCCGCGCGCCCAUGUCGUCCAUGUCCGCGCAGGGGGUGGUGGAGCGCGCCAGCGCAGAGCUGUCCAAGAGGAUCAAUGGGCUGGGACUGCGCGCGGGCAAGCACCACCGGGCCGCCGCCGCCGCAGCCGCCGCCGCCAACGGCGACCCCGGGGGCGGCAAGGCGAGCGUCAUGGAGCGGGUGACCAACGUGCUGUGCGGCGGGCCGGCGGCGGCGCCCGAGAAGCCGUCGCGGCGCGGCAAGCCGGCGUCGUCGGCGGUGAACGGCGCGAGCGUGGCGGUCACGCCGCAGGUGGGGCGGCGCGGCGUGGGGCGGCCGCCGCCCCCGGCCUCGUGGGAGCAGCUGGCGGCGGACGAGCGCUUCCUGCAGCGGUUCUUCCUGUACUUCAGCGCGGCGGAGCGGCGGGCGCUGGCGCAGGUGUGCACGCGGUGGCGGGACGUGCUGUACCGCAGCCCGCGCUUCUGGGCGGGGCUGGUGCCGGUGCUGCGCUGCCGCGAGCUGCGCGCCGCCUCCUGCCACGAGCGCGCGCGCCUCUACGCGUCGCUGCUGCGGCGCGGCUUCCACGCCAUCGCGCUGCUCGGCGCCGGAGACGAGGACGCCCUAGACCUCGUGCACUCGUUCCCGCUCGCCUCCAAGCACGUGCACUCGCUCAGCCUGCGCUGCUCCAGCGUCAGCGACCGCGGCCUAGAGGCGCUGCUCGACCACCUGCAGGCGCUGUUCGAGCUGGAGCUGGCCGGCUGCAACGAGGUGACGGAGGCGGGCCUGUGGGCCUGCCUGACGCCGCGCAUCGUGUCGCUGACGCUGGCCGACUGCAUCAACGUGGCGGACGAGGCGGUGGGCGCCGUGGCGCAGCUGCUGCCCUCGCUCUACGAGUUCUCGCUGCAGGCCUACCAUGUCACCGACGCCGCGCUCGGCUACUUCUCGCCCAAGCAGAGCAGCUCGCUCAGCAUCCUGCGGCUGCAGUCGUGCUGGGAGCUCACCAACCACGGCGUCGUCAACAUCGUGCACGCGCUGCCCAACCUGACGGUGCUGAGCCUGUCGGGCUGCAGCAAGAUCACGGACGACGGCGUGGAGCUGAUCGCCGAGAACCUGCAGAAGCUGCGCAGCCUGGACGUGUCGUGGUGCCCGCGCAUCACGGACGCCGCGCUCGAGUACAUCGCCUGCGACCUCAACCUGCUCGAGGAGCUCACGCUGGACAGGUGCGUGCACAUCACCGACAUCGGCGUGGGCUACAUCUCGACCAUGCUGUCGCUGUCGGCGCUGUUCCUGCGCUGGUGCUCGCAGGUGCGCGACUUCGGGCUGCAGCACCUCUGCGGCAUGCGCAACCUGCAGGUCCUGUCGCUCGCGGGCUGCCCGCUGCUAACGUCCAGUGGCUUGUCCAGCCUCAUUCAGCUUCGCCACCUGCAAGAGCUGGAGCUCACGAACUGCCCCGGUGCGUCGCGAGAGCUGUUCGAGUACCUGAGGGAACACUUACCCUGCUGUCUCAUCAUAGAGUGAACACGCGGUGACGAUGACCUUCCGGUGAUAUUCAAAUUAUAUUUUGAAGAAAAUAAUAAUAAUAAUAAUAAUAAUUGUGAUUCUAUUUUUAACACAGUAAAAGUGACCAUUUGCAAGGUUGGUAUGGACUUCUCGGGGAAAUGAAUGAAAGUGUUACCUAAAAGUGAACCUUGGAAAUUUUAUAAGACUUUGAAGAUACAAGUUACUUGUUUGAAAAUAAACACAAGGAGAAAAAUAUAUAUAUAUAUCUGUGUGAUAUGAGCUAGCCAUUCCAGUUUAAUGAGUAUAGGACUUAACCAAAACUUGUGACAUUUUUUGAGGCUAGUGUAGUUAAACAUCUGCCUCUGAAAAAGACUGAGAAAAAAAAACUGUCUGUUAUAAAAUUGUUGAAAAUAUGUUUGUAUGCACUAUGUUACCACUGCAGAUUAGGAAAAUGAAUUCAUUGAUAAAGUUAUCAUAUGGAUAAAGUUUACAAAGUAGUUUUUACUAGCUCAAGUUUAGUUUACACUUGCAAGUCUGUCCUCCACUUACGAGUCUCGACACGUCCCAAAUCUUGAGCAAUACGACAGUCAAAAGUGAAACUAAACAUUUAGUCAUAGUUAAGGAAAUCAUCGCAAACAAAAAUUAUUUUAAGGUAGGUGACCACAAUAAAGUAUGAAUGUACCAAUGCUUGCUUUGUAUGAUUUUACUACUGUGUCUGCAACAAAGGUGUAAUCAUUAUUACUUGAAACUUUUAAAAUUGCUCAAACUACCCAAUACAAAUGCAUUUUGUAAAUAUAUUAAGAACUAUAUAUGAAAGGUAUUUUUUUAACAUGUUUAACAUAAAAUUUAAUACACUUCAAUGAUUUUUUUGGCCAUGCAUUAUACUAUUUUUUUUCUCAAAAAUAUGAAGGAAAAAAGCUAAGUACAUUGAAAUUAUUCACUGACAUUUAGAAGUUAUAUCAGUCUCCAUACCCAUUGCACAUCUUAACAAGAAUACAUCCAUUACUGUGCUGAUUUAAGUUGUAUGUACUAUGUAUUGCGCACAUGACACUAAAGAGGUACAAUGCAAAUACAGGGUGUCUACCGGUCACAGGAGUCACGAAAAAGACACGAUAUUGAACUCAUGGUCACGGAUAUCACAGAUAAGGCAUUAAAGUGUCCAUAUUGGUCACAGUUUUUUUUUUUCAUUACAGUGUAAGAAAUAAUUUUUAAUCUACAACUGUGGGUGCUUGUCAGCAACACAUAGGCUUUUAUUUAUCAUAUGUUACAGCUUCAUUUAAUAUUAAAAUUUUCAUUAUUUUUUUCAACUUCUCAGCGAAAACUAAACUAAUUGGGUGUAAACAAAUACCAUAAUCGAAGAAGGUAAAUAAAUAUGUUUCGUCAUGCAUCUUGUUAUGUGUGGCAUGAUGGGUAGUGAAGCGUUAUAUUUACAACUGACAAUAAGGCGGUGCGAGCCUGUGCUACAUGUGAUGCCGGCUGUGCGGUUAACAGUAAUAUUUCAUUACGCAGUGAAAAAAAUAAAUAAAUAAAUUGUUGUGGAAUUGAUGUUUUCUGCGUAACAAGUUACCGAUAAAAAGUAACAAGUGUACCGGUUAAGAUGUAGUAGUGUUUUAAGGAUGUGUGUUUACGAAACCAAUGUGUUUUUAUUUAGUUGUGUAUUUUCAUUGUGUGUUUGCAUGUAAAAAUUUAAUUGUGCUAAAACUUGUGGUAUAUGUCUUCAGCACACCUACAGCUUGUGUUUUGUAGUGUUCUAACAGCGAUAAAAAUGCCAGGGAAGUGUCAUUUUCAAGACAUUUGGUUGGAAGAGGAGGAAUGGAAAUUGUAGCUAAGGGCUGGUAAGAUUACGUUUUUGGCUUUUCUAUGCUAUGCAAAAAAUAUGUGGAUUUUUCUCACUCUGGAAUUAACGCAAUUAAAUGCCAUAAAAAGGGGGAGAAAAAAAACUUGGCCAGUUUCUUGAUGUUUAAAAGUCAGGCAGGCAGCAAAAGCUCUCGUUUUGUUCAAGGGUACCUGCGGCCCUUGUUAGGCCCACCGUUAUUUCGUCAGAGCCUGUGCCCAGCGAUCAAAGUUAUGAUUCAUCUCAGCCUGCACCUAGCAUACAUCUUAUAGUACUAUCCCAGGAGAGACACAUCAAGAACAAAAGCUCUCCACUUUCCUUGUUUGUGAUAGUGCAACCAAAGCAGAGAUAGUGUGGGCUGCUCAUUGCAUCUGUACGCAUGCCUCAACCCACUCAGAAGCAGCUGCAGUGGAACAUUUUCCACUUACGUUUCCAGAUAGUACUAUAGCUUCAAAAAUAAAAUUACAAAAGGACACAGUAGCAUAUAGUGUCACAUAUGGCAUUGGGACUCAUUUUGCAUCAUAAUUGUCUGUUAGUGUACAUAAAAGCAAGUUUUUUGGACUAUCAGAUGAUGAAAGUCUGAAUGAUAUUUGCCAAAACAGCAAAUGGAUAUUGUUGUUAAAUAUUGGGAUUCAGAAAACAGUAUAUCAUGUACUCAAUACUUAAAAUCAGCUUUUCUUGAGCGUUGUACGACUGAUGAUUUGCUUGAAAAAGUGCAAGUGUGUGUUAGUGAAGCCAAACUUUCCCUAGAAUGUUUAAUUCAACUAUCUACGGAUGGACCAAAUGUAAAUCUGAAGUUGAUUUUUGAUCUCAAAAGUUACACUUGAUACUGAAAAGGAACUUUUGGAUAUUGGUACUUGGUCAUAAUCAAUGGUGUCUACAAAACUGCACACACAAAGGUUGGUUGGCAACUUAAUCAGUUUCUUGGAGCAUUGUAUCAACUGUUUAAGAAUUAUCCAUCUCUGUAUGCAUGCUGUUUAUUCUCAGAUUACUGGUUUCAGAGUUUUUCCAAAAAUGUUCUGUGCUGUGCAAUGGACUGAAAACACAUCUGUAGUCAAAAGAUGCCUAUAAAUUAUUCCAUUUCUGAAAAAAUACCUCGCAGACAAAAAGCUUGAGAGAAACCCUCCCAACACCCAGAACCUUGGCACUGUGGAGAAGGCUUUGUUGGAAGAUUCAGUUCUGGAAGCCAAACUGCAUUUUUCUGCUAUGACUGCUGAGGAGUUGGAAGUAUUUCUGACAAACUUCCAGAAAAAUUAUCCUCUUCUUCCUUUCAUUCACCAAGAGUUGUUUCUUUUGAAGAAAAACAAAGGAAGAAGGUUUUUCAAGCAAAAUGUGAUGGACAAAAUUUCAAAUGCUUCUCAGGUGAAGAGUCUGGAUAUCAAGAAUGAGAAUAUAUAACGAAAUACUGUUUCCAUAGAGAUUGGUUUUGGUGCCACUUUUAGUCUCAAAAAGAUGAAAUUUAUAGCUGACUGCAGGAAAUUUCUGUUAUCUUUAUUUGCCAAACUUGAUGAAAAGAGUACUUGAUGAAAAGAGCAUUGUAUUGGGCUCAACUUGCUUCUCCCCUUCAGUAAUGGUUAGAGACUCUGUUAGAACUCUUAGAGCUAAGGUUGCCAUUCAGGAACUUAUCUACACAAUCAGUUGGCACCUGCUGAUGGAGAGAUUAUUCUUAGAGAGGUCACAAAGUUUUGUGAACAUCCCGAAGUUUUGAAAGCUGCAAAAUCUUUUAAUUGGAAAAAGAAAGCCUUGACAAGUUAAUUUUUAAUUUGAUCAGCUUGGUGAUGCAACAUGCACAUGGACAGUUAAUCCUAUUCUUCCAGCGCUUUUUAAAUUGUUUCCAUGGAAAUGCAGCGGUAGAGAGAAGUUACUCUUUCAACAAAGAUAUUUUGGUUGAAAAUCUUUAAGAGAAAUCUCAUGUAGCUCAAAGAUUGGUUCAGGACCACAUCUUUUCACUUCCAGGUGAGUAUUUUAAUUUUAGACUAAUGUGUUUUGCACUAGAGUGAGAGUACUUACAAUUCAGAUAGUACAAUACUGCAGUACGAUUGAUAUAUUUUGCUCAACUAUUUUGUGUAUUGGUUCAUUUGGCUUUUCAAAGAGUGUUUAUUCUCUCACUCAUCAAAUAACAAAAAAAAAUUAUUUUGGAUUUUUGCAAUGCCUCAACAAGAAGGAAGGAAGACCUAAGAAUGAAUUAGAACGAACAGGAUCAGGUGUUAAGUGCAAGAAAAAGAGCAGCACACGAAAUCAAGUUACUCAAAAUGAAAAAUGAAAAAUUCCUCGAAGAGAAAAAAGGAGAAUUAUUAGAAAUAGAGAUUGAACUGAAAAAACCCAAGAAAAGUGUAGAAACUGUUUUUAGUGCCAGUAAUUAACCUAAUGUAUAUUUUAAAACAAUGUUUAAAACAUAAAAAAUUUUUGUGUACCCCAUCAAAAAAAUUUAAUGCAUAAUACUUAAAAUUUCAGGUCGUAAAUAAUUUUUUAAGGGCCCCCAAAGGUCACCAAAAAGUCACUGAUUUCUGCUGUUGUUACCUGGUAGACACCCUGAAAUAUAUUCUUAUUCAUUUUCAUACUACGUAUAUGUGCCUACUUGAAUGACUGAACACUGUUUUGUGUUCAAACAUGUACUCUUUGGAUUGUUUUAAAACUACGGAAUGUUCAAUGCAAAUAUUGUGAGUGAGGUAACCAGUAAUGUAAUAAUGUACCAAACUUAAUCGAGGAAUUUGCUAAAUUAUUAAUUUAUCUGGCUAUUUUAAUUAAUGGAGCUGUUGUGUUGCUAAAUACGAGUAAAACUGAAAAUUGAAAUAGAAUAUUCAAAACUAAGAGCAUUUGACACUGAUUACAAAAGACUGAUUUUCUGAUAAAAAUAAAUAAAAUAUUUAUAUAAGUACUGUAUUAACUUAAAAUAAAAAUACAACUCUCAUUUUUAAAAAAACUAAACUACAGAUCUGAAAAAUUACCUAGUUAAAAAUGAAACCAAAGAUAGUUUUAAAAAUUACCAAAUAAACAUAUAACAAUACCAUAGUUAACGUUACAAUAAAACUAAAGAAUUACUAAUUGUUCUCUUGUCACAUGCACUUCACAAAGCAUACCAUAGUUAAACACGUAUCUUUUAAUUUAAUUUUUUUCAAACUAACAAAAUUCUUGCAAUAGUCUCAACUCUACAUCAUAGCUUCUAUGUUGUGCUAGACAACGUUUUUGUCUAAAUCACUGAAACAUAUUGAAUACUUUAUCCAUAAAACUAUAAUAAAAUUUAACACCAUGGCAUAUGAACAUUUGUUGUUAAUCUUGAAAAUGUUACACAAAAUAUUCAAAAGUGGCCAAAAAUAUAUUUCAUCAAUGAAAUAUCAAAUGCUUUACACUAUCCCUAAGUACUCUAUAGCAUCUGGGCAUAGUUAAAGCAACUUUCAUGAAAGAACAUUACUUUUAGUGCAUUUGUCUGAGACUGUACAUGUAACGACAAUCGUGUAAAUGGCUUAUAUUUUGCAUUUUCCACCUAGUACUACUUAAACAGCAAUACAACCUGCUCAUAACUGCUAUUGCAUUAAUUUUAAAAUGCAGUUAAGCUACAAAAUGUAUAAUCUAUUCCACAACUUUUAAACAACAGCUCUCUGUUUUUAAGGUGUUUUAAGAUGGAACAUCCCAAGUGCAAAUAUAUUUAAUAGCAAGAAAUCCCUUACAUCAGCCAACCUAAAAAGAAAUAUGUACAGAUAAUACUAAAAUAACACAUACAGUACAAUAACAAACAAUUUCCUGAAUGACAAGGGAACAGAAACCAAUUCUUACAAAAAUUUUACCAUAUGAUACGACACAAAAUGAUUUUUUUAUGAGAAAAUAUAAAACUGUAUCUUUUCAGGGCUUAUAAAUAUGUACUUAAAAAAAAUACCACAAAACUUUAUUAUAAAACUGCAAUAGUGUUACACUUCGCAAACUUAAAAAAAUUUGUAACAUUUAAAGAAGGAAAAAGUUUUCGUUUAAAAGUUAGUUAAAAGAUAAAAAAAUUUUGGAGUUUUGUUAUUUCUGAAUUACCUUUCAAAUCUUUUUGCUGUUAUAUUAACAUCCAUAACAAAACAUAAAUUAAUGUGUUGUUACGUUCUCACACCAGGUGAACUCAUAAGCUGUGCUUCCAUUUCUUGAGUGAGCACAUAGAGCUUCUAGAGUGCAUGGCAGGGUUGUAAAAUAAAUACGUGCCAAGAAAUGAAUCUAUACAAAAACAUUUUUUUUUUAAAACACCUUCAAAAACCAAUGAUGAUUUAAAAUCCAUAAUUUAUACUAACAACCAUCUUAAGAGCGCAAAUAAUUUACGAACAUGUGUAAAAAAUAUAUAGAUAACGUUCAAAAUUAAAGAAAGAAUGAAGUAUACCUUGAAUUUCCAAAUACUUAACUUUCAAAGUUGUUUGCUUCCACUCUGUAUGAAUGAAUCCCUACAGAAUGUCUUAUGACAUAAUCACCAGUUUUAGAAAUACCAGACCUGAACCAUUGGUGCAUAAUAUACAAGCAUUAAUAACAAUCUAAUCAGCUAAUGAAUGUUGCAGUUCAUUAAACCUUUUAACAUGAUUGUAAGACACACAGUCUAUGAAUACUUUAUGGGCAAAUAGAGUAUCGCAACGUUACCUUUAAAUAAAAUUUCAAAAUAAUCUUUUAUUGGUAAAUGAACUAAGGUAAUAUGUGUUUUUUUAACACUUCAAAAAAAUUUAACGUUAGUAUAAUUAUAUAUUUAAUUAAAAAACCGGUUUAUUUAUGAAAGUGUCGCAAUAUCAAACAUACAAGACUCUGAAAUAUUUCCUAAAGAUAUUUUCAUGGAAACAGUGUUAUUUUGAGUUUGAUAUAAGCUGCAUUUUUAAAAUAAAAUACUGGUUGUAUGAAUAUCUCGGGCAAAAAUCCUUGAUUGUACGGUGCAUGGCACGAAGGAAACCCAAUAGCGACAGCGUUGCACCUCUCACACUCCAAAUAGAAGCUAUAUCUAGAAAUUUAUUCUCACAGCAGUACUUAUUUAUUGUUGUUUAAGCCCUAAUUUGUCACCUUAAACAUUUACACCAACUUUUUAUUGUCAUCUUCCUUGCACACAAUUCUCAGAUUCUAGGUGUGAGCAAUGUGAGAAUACAUGACGUCUACAAAUAUCCAGCCAACUAAUUUCACUAAUUUUACAAAACCUUUAAAUAAAAUAUUUUUACAGCGUUUUCAUACCACAGUCAAUACCAUCAGAUCCUUCGUAUUCAAAAAGUUUGAUGUUCGAGGAAAAGGAUUCAAAGAAUAUUAUUGGAGGAAAUGAAGUAAAUUUAAAAAUUCAACACUGACAAGUCUUAAUUAUGUAGGUCUAUUCCAUUAGUGUUUGCCAAGAUAUUGUACAUUUGAUACGUGAUUAUACAUAUCAAAUUAUAUUUUCUAUUGUUUUUGGAAUGUAAGUGAAACAAACAAAGAGUUAUACAUUUUAACAACUAAUUAACAUAUUUCAUUUCUUGUACAUAUUAUUUUUGACCCUUGACACCUAGAUUCACAUUUGAGAUUCUCUCGGAAUUCAAUUUUUGAUAUUUGGAGUAGAGAAAAUUGUAAUUUGACCAAUCACCAAUUUUUAUUCAUUAUAAUCAAAACUAAAAAUAAGAAAUAUAUCUACUGUUUGCAGGAACAUGCCAAUUUUUAAGUUAUAACGCUAAAAACUUUUCAGAGAUAUCUCCCACAAGAUUUAAGUGGACAGUCUCCAACUAAAUAUUCAAUGUGCAACUGUAAACUGAAAUGAGGCAUCAAAUAACAAAAUGAAAGUUAGCGAAAGGCUGCCAGCAUCAAUACUGCUUAUUUCACAACUUCUUCGUAAAUUCAUAAACAGUCCUUCAACUUUGUGAGUUUUCUGAGAUAUUCGUGACCUGUAGACACCUUGGCAAACUCUACAGAGGAUAGUCUGAGCUUUUACGACUGCGAAUGUGAGCAUUUAGAGCGCUAUGAUAAGCUCACUAACAUAGAAAGUGCUCAGAGAAUUUUGCCUACUACUAAGAUGAUUUUUUUUUAAUGUGUAAACAUCUUAGCUCUCAGUACACUGCAUUUGACAGAAGUAAUUUUUUGAAUGGAACAGAAGUAUCAUGGAAUGGAAAUGUGCAACCAUGGUGCUGCCGUCUGUUGCAGAUAGCAGGAACCAAAGUUCUUAGGCCGGCCACACACGCUCCGGUUUUCCUCAGAGGUCUGCCUCAAGGUACAGAACCUUAAGGUAGACCGGAGUGUGUGUAUGUUAUCGUACCUUGAGGUUUCCUGGAAAGAGGCGACCGGAGUGAAAAUCAAAAAUGCCUUCGUUCGCCUCAAGGUACGCCCCUCCCUCACACGUUUCUGGUGCAUGUGGACCAGAGAUGAGGCAGACCUUGAGGCGACCUGUCAGGGGCUCCCCCUACAUCCGCGAGUGAGGUCAGUCCAAAUACUUUCUGUGGUAACCGUGUCUUCUCGAACACGCUAAGUAUUGGAGUAAUUUAUUAAUCUGUACAAGGAUUCUCCUUGCUUAUGGCAAGUAAAGCGAAAGGAUAUAAUGAUCGUGGAAAGUGGGGGGCUGCAUACUGAUGAUUAGUGGAAAAAAUGAAAGAAAUAGAGCAUACUGCCAACAAAGAUGUAAUAAUUAUUUUUAAAAUUAAUAAUUUUAGAAGCAAAAUCCGCAAAGAAGCGAUAAAAAUGAAGAAUUCAAAGAAAAGUGGAAGUCGAGCCGACGAAGUUUAUGAGCCGAUAUUGUGGUAUUUCCAUCUGUUUGAUUUCCUUUUGGACGUCCUUUUUCCCCAAUUAUUAGUGCCACAAUCGACAGGAGUUUCAAGUAUGUAUCUUCGUCCAUCCUGAAGUAAUUAUGCCAAUCUUUUGGCACGAAUCUCAGCUCAUUCAACAAAUUUAUGUGUGAAUAUUUUUGUCUCUUUUUUUAACCAGUCUUUGCACCGCACUUUUCGUUUCGCUUUCUGUGUCUUCAUUUUCCCAGUUGCUAUAAGCAAUCCAACGAUAGCGAGAGCAUCGUCUGUUGACGCCAUAAUUGCAGGUAUACUACUGACACAUACGCCUCAAGGUAGCUCUAGGAGACCGGAACGUGUGGGCACACCCCCCAUUUCAGGUCUGCCUUGAGGCAGAUCACCUUGAAGCAGACCUCUGAGGAAAACCAGAGCAUGUGUGGCCGGCCUUAGAGACAAAGGGAAAUAUUAAAGUAUUAACUCUUUAAUGAAUUUUAACAAGAUGGGCAGUAUUUUAAUAAAAUUCUUUGUUUAAAUUCUGGUACAAAGCUGGGGUUUGGUUGAAGCAUUUUUCACUUUUAUCGGAGCCGUUUCAUUAUAUAGUUUAACCUUUCGCUCUGCAAAUCGAACGAUUCGAUAUUCGAAGUAGCUGCUCCGGCAACAAAUCCUAGCAGUGCGGAAACUACUACAUGUGAUUCACGUGAAGAUAUGUGGUCGAAAACACUAUUUGCAUAUUUAUCAUGUUUGGCAUUAUUUUGAAUAUUUCUACAUUAUAUUUUGUGUCAGAGUCUUGUAUUAUAACUUAUAAGUUUAUUUGCAACAUAAACAAACUCACUCAUAAUUUUUUUUCUGGGUGAGCACCAUGAUAGUAAGGUACCCAGAAAAUUUUGUCAAUUAGGUGUUUAAAAACGAACGACAAAGUUGGAUAGCUGGAAAAUCCUGUACUGAUGAUAGUUGUAAGAAUUCCAAACCAUUUAAUUUAUUCACUGAUGCAUCACUAACUGAUAUGCAUUUACAUGUAUGCUUUCUUAAAAUUCAAGGAUAGUGUCUGGAUAUAUGAAAUACAAGAGUUUUAAUUCAUAUAAAUCAUUGUCAUUAUUUAUAAUGAUUAUGUAUCAUCAUUUUUAUUCCUGAAUGAUUCAGUACACAAAUAAUAAUUCCACAUUGCUACAAUGAAAAACAUAAAAAGUGAACUUAGCACCAAUAAAGUAAAUAAUGGCUAGACCUGGCAGCAGGUAUGUUUAUACUAAUAGUACCAAGCAACGUGAAAUGUUACGUCCACUUCACAAAAAAAUAAAACUGGUGACGUGUCAUAGAAAUACUGUGCUGUAAAUACUUUUUUAAUAUACAUCAAAUUAGUUAAUUUCAUUAUCCAUUAAAUAGUAUGGUUUGUUAAAGCAGAUUACUAGAUGCAAAAAAAAGUGUAGCCUCCACCCUACAAACUCCAAAAUGUGCUUAGAUUGCGUACAGGCAUGAUGAAAAAUAAUACAUUUAAGCUUCAAGCUAGUGCUGCAAACAAGGCAAAAACUUAGCUAGAAGAGCAAAACUUGACAAAGGGCUUUCUAGAUAAAAACUUAGUGAAUGAAGCACUCUAAUGUAUCUUAACAUGUCUGCUCCUACUAAAACCUCACAGCAUUAUUAAUUUAUUGACGAUAUUUUACAAAUCUGUGUAUGCAAUGAUGUUUUAAAUAUUAAUUGUGUUCAAAUUUUGUUGCAUAAUUCAAAUCUGUGAUGUACAAAGUAACUUCAAAUUUCUGAUUGCAAUAAUGUGUGGCACAUUUAUGCCAAAUUACAUAUUUGAAUGUAAAUACAUUAUUGAUGUUGAUAACUAUUUUCAUAAAAUAUUCUAUCUGAGAUAAAACUUGGUAUAAGAAUUUUUAACUGAAAAUGUUGCCCCAUUUUUGUCUAUAUUUAAAUGUAUUUAUACCCAUAUAGUUGGUUUCCUAAUAUG